AUGGCAUCCCAACCACCCCGCGUGCAACGUCUCCAAAUUCAGAUGGCAGCCCUCAACCUCGACGCCAUCAUCUGCAUCCAACCCACCUCGACCUUCUACCUCUCCGGCUUCAACCCGAUCAUCUACUCCGACCCCGUCCUCAUCAUUUUCCCGCGGCAAUCCGCCCCGGUCCUUCUGGUGCACGCUCUCCGCAGCACGCACGCCAAGUCCAGCGCCUGGACGCCCACCAUCCACCUGUACGGAACCUGGGGACCAACCUCAACCCUCGCACCCACCUGGCCCGCCGCCCUGACCAUCCUCCUCAACCACUGCGACCUCCCCCCGCAUCCGACCAUCGGCAUCGAGCACGCCACCCUGCCCCCAACCCAACACACCCUCCUCCGCCACACCCUCCCCACUGCAACCCUGACCAACUGCACCCCGCUCCUCCACGCCAGCAGGGCCAUCAAAGACCCCGACGAGAUCGCCCACACACGCAUCGCAGCCACCCUCGCCGAGAAAGGGAUGGAAUCCGCCAUCGCCGCGCUCGCGCACCCCACCACCAGCGAACGGGACGCCGUCCUCGCCGCGCUGCAGAGCAUGCACGCGCACUGGGUCGCACAUUACCCCACCAUCGAGAUCUGCGAUUUCGGAUCCCCCGAGGGCGGGGUCAACAGCGGGUUGACGGCGUGGGUGCUCUCGGGUCCGCGCCAGUCGUUCGGGUGCGAUAACCCCACGUCCCGGGUCCCGCGGCCCGGGGAGAGUGUCUCGGUGUUCGUGUGGGCGGUGGCCAACGGGAUGCACGCGGAGCUGGAGCGCACGGUCUGGAUCGGGGAGGUGGGUCUUUCGCAGCGGCGGGCAAUGGGGGAUGCUCUGGAGAUCCGGACCGAGGUGCUGAGGUUCUUGAGGCCCGGUACGGCGGUGCGGGAGCUGUACCGCGCUGCUGUGCGGGGGUAUGAGGUGAGAGGGUACGGGGCGUGUAUGCCGGGGCGGAUUGGGCAUUCGGUGGGGUUGGGGCCGCAUGAGCUGUUUUUCGUCGAGGAGAAGGAGGAGAGGAUGCUGCAGGCGGGGAUGGUGGUCGCGGUGGAGGUCAAUAUUCUUGUCCCCGCGGUGGGGGGUGCGUGUGUCCAGUUGUCGGAUACGUUUCUUGUUACCGGGGAGGGGUGGGAGCGGUUGACGCGGUUUGCGGAGGGGGGUGUGAGGGUGAGGGGCUGA